CGCCACCACGUGUGUCCCCGUGCUGAGUGGCCACCCGACUCAGUCCCUCGCCGGCCGGUUUGGGCAGCGGAGGAGGCGAGUAGUUGGUAGUGGUUGGAGGCUUCGCUAUGGGAAGUCGCUCUUUUGCACUGUCGCGGCCAGCCCUGCUCGCUGGUUCUCCGCAGCCGCUGUCGCUGGAGAGCACCGGGAGGCGCGGGUUGCAAGCGCGCCUGCUUUUCUCCGCCCGGGCGCCAGCGCCCCUGGGCAGGUGCUGAGCGCCUUCCCGAGCCUCCCCGGCUGCCUCCCUCUUCCUCCCGGCCUCCUGGCUGCUGCAGUGCACAUGGGCUGCUGGAGGUAGAUGGGCUCACCGCCCUGGAGGCGGCGGUGGAUGCGGCGCUGGGCAGAAACAGCCACCGAUUCCAGCUGCCGUGGGGCCGCGCUCUCAGGGCGCCCCUGCGAGCCCCGGCCUCAGCCAUGGGGACCUCGGCAAGCAGCAUCACCGCCAUCACCUCUUGCAGCCGCAUCGCCGGCCAAGUCGGAGCCACGAUAAUUGCCGGCUCCCUUCUCCUGCUUGGAUUCCUCAGCACCACCACAGCUCAGCUAGAACAAAAGACUCCAAGUCUCACGGGCACAUACCACCACGUCGACCGGACCACUGGGCAGGUGCUAACCUGUGACAAGUGUCCGGCAGGAACCUAUGUCUCUGAGCACUGUACCAACGUAAGCCUGCGAGUCUGCAGCAGGUGCCCCGCGGGGACCUUUACCAGGCACGAGAAUGGCAUAGAGAGAUGCCAUGACUGUAGUCAGCCAUGCCCGUGGCCGAUGAUUGAGAGAUUACCUUGUGCUGCCUUGACUGACCGAGAAUGCACUUGCCCACCUGGAAUGUAUCAGUCUAACGGCACCUGCGCUCCCCAUACGGUGUGCCCUGUGGGCUGGGGUGUGCGGAAGAAAGGGACAGAGAAUGAGAACGUACGGUGUAAGCAGUGUGCUCGGGGUACUUUCUCUGAUGUGCCUUCCAGUGUGAUGAAAUGCAAAGCCCACACAGACUGUCUGGGUCAGAACCUGGUGGUGGUUAAGCCAGGGACCAAGGAGACAGACAACGUCUGUGGCACACGCCUGUCUUUCUCCAGCACAACCUCACCUUCCCCUGGAACAACUAUCUUUUCUCACCCUGGGCAAAUGGAGUCCCACGAUGUCCCUUCCUCCACCUAUGAGCCCCAAGGCAUGAACUCAACAGAACCCAACUCUACUGCUUCUGUUAGACCAAAGGUACCAAGUGGCAUCCAGGAAGGGACAGUUCCUGAUAACACAAGCUCCACAAGGGGGAAGGAAGGCGUGAACAAGACCCUCCCAGACCCACCACAAGUUACCCACCAGCAAGGCCCUCACCACAGACACAUCCUGAAGCUGCUGCCCCCGUCCAUGGAGGCCAGCGGCGAGAAGUCUAGCACGGCCAUCAGGGCCCCCAAGAGGGGCCAUCCCAGACAGAACCCACACAAGCAUUUCGACAUCAAUGAUCAUCUGCCUUGGAUGAUUGUGCUCUUCCUCCUGCUGGUGCUAGUGCUGAUAGUGGUGUGCAGCAUCCGCAAGAGCUCCAGGACUCUCAAGAAGGGGCCCCGGCAGGACCCCAGUGCCAUUGUGGAAAAGGCGGGGCUGAAGAAAUCCUUGACUCCAACCCAGAACCGGGAGAAGUGGAUCUACUACUGUAACGGCCAUGGUAUUGACAUCUUGAAGCUUGUAGCCGCCCAGGUGGGAAGCCAGUGGAAGGACAUCUAUCAGUUUCUUUGCAACGCCAGCGAGAGGGAGGUGGCUGCCUUCUCCAAUGGAUACACGGCAGACCAUGAACGGGCCUACGCAGCUCUGCAGCAUUGGACCAUCCGUGGCCCUGAGGCCAGCCUAGCCCAGCUCAUCAGCGCCCUGCGCCAGCACCGACGCAAUGAUGUUGUGGAGAAGAUUCGUGGGCUGAUGGAAGAUACCACGCAGUUGGAAACUGACAAACUGGCUCUCCCCAUGAGCCCCAGUCCUCUUAGCCCGAGCCCCAUUCCCAGUCCUAACGUGAAACUUGAGAAUUCCGCUCUCCUGACGGUGGAGCCCUCGCCCCUGGACAAGAACAAGGGCUUCUUCGUGGAUGAGUCAGAGCCCCUUCUGCGCUGCGACUCCACGUCCAGUGGCUCCUCAGCACUGAGCAGGAAUGGCUCCUUUAUUACCAAAGAAAAGAAGGACACGGUGUUGCGGCAGGUCCGCCUGGACCCCUGUGACUUGCAGCCCAUCUUUGAUGACAUGAUGCACAUCCUGAAUCCCGAGGAGCUACGGGUGAUUGAAGAGAUACCCCAGGCUGAGGACAAACUGGACCGGCUCUUUGAGAUCAUUGGAGUCAAGAGCCAAGAAGCCAGCCAGACCCUCCUGGACUCGGUGUACAGCCAUCUUCCUGACCUGUUGUAGAGCGCAGGCAGGGGCACUGCAUUCUGCGAAUCAACCUACCGGCAGGGUGGUUUCAUUUUGUUUCUGACUUUUGUGUUUCGGUUGUGUGUGCGUAUGUGUGUGUGUUUAAUAGAGUUCGUGGCCGGUGCUUGAGUUUGUGGCUCGCUCUUUUACUUUCUUUCUUUUCUUUUUCUUUUUCUUCUUCUUUUUUUCUCCUUUCUUCCCCUCUUCUUGAAAAUGAACUUAUAAAGCCUUUUCAAAGUAUAACUGUUGAAAAAUGCCCACCACUAAAUUUUUUUAAUUCCAUAUAGUCUCCACUUUUGCCUUCUUAUAUAUUUUCAAAACUGUUCUGUGCACUUUAAAAAUCUUAAUGUAAAUGCAGUAUGACUUUCCCCACAUGCUGGGAACUGAGAUUCUUAACUUCUUAAACACUUA